GCCAAUCGCGUCGAAGCGCUAUAACAUUUCCAGCCAAUCAAAAAGCGCGAUUCUUAACAUUUUCUUAACAUUCGUGACAUUUGACCAAUCAGAGUACAGAGGGAUGUCGACGGCACGUUUCCGCGUAUCACCGCUAGGUGGAGGGGUCAGCGCUUCUAGUCAGGUGUCAAUCAAAUUGCCGAACCGCGCCGAAGGUGUACGAAAUAAUCCUCAGGGGGCGUGUCAGAGGUCAAAAAAGUUCAGUACUGAAGUUCAUGACCGUGACGAGCGUCAUUGCCGCGGAGCUCAGCAUCAUUUUACGGACGACAGCGAAACUUCAUUUUAUAAUCAAAUACAGCGGCAUUACGGAUUACGACAGAAAAAAUGUCUGGCAAACAAAAAAAAUCGCAUAAAGCGAUGUCGGACGCUGAAUGGAUUUCGCGUCUUAAAAAGUUUGCCAGCACAGGAAUUUGGCCAUCAAAUGAGGGUAACAGGCCAGCUCCUCGACAAAAGAAGUGGUUCGAGAUUUAUCAAAGGAUUGAGAAAUGUCCAAUGCAGUCUCGUGGCCAGACAACCUUGCUUGGAGGUGUGCUGAAAUGCAUCUGUGGUUUUCACACUCCAAAGCCCACUGCCUCUACUGGACCAGCACAAAGGGUGGUGGAACAACCUGCUGCUGCUGGAACAGCAAAGGAGGCCAUGGAGCAGAGUCAGCCUGAGCCCCAGCACCAUCCCCCUCCCCAGCCCCAGCCCCAGCCCCAGCCUACUGCACCUGUGGCAACAAGAGUUGCACCACAAUUGUCAAUGUUUACCAAAUCAAGAUUUACUGGCUCUCACAUUGCUGCAGCAAAGCCAAAUCUUAGUGUGGCCAGGAGACCUUCUCGGGUUGAAGACCAGCCCAGCGCAGCAGUGUCUAGUGCCUCAGUACCAAGCACCACUGUCUCUACACCAGAUCCUCAAGUUCCAGCCCCUGUCCCCAGAGCCACUGUAGAUGUGUCCAGUCCUGCGCAGCCAUGCAGUAUUGUCUCAACAGCUCCUUCUGGGUCAUUAUUGCAAGCUCCAGCUGUAGUUUCACUUCCUCGUUUGUGGUCGGAGACCUUGCCACCAGAGGAUCACAAGUGGAUUGGCAAAAGGCUUUUCAAAAUGGGAUCCAAGGGAAAGCCAGAGCUUCGUGAUAACCUCCAGCUCUGGUAUUACCCACCACAGCCAGCACUUAUCUACAAUCAGGCUCCAGCUCCAGACAGAUUCUUUUGUCAUUAUCUUCUGCUGUGGAUGCCGUACAAGCUGUGGAGGGUCAAGAUUCUCUGUCCCAAUCCUGCCUGCGGACAACAUCAGCUGACAGGAGGUGGUCUGCACAAAAGGGCACGGCAGGUUCUAGACAUUGACAGAACAUAUAACAUGGUCACAGAAACCCUCAUCUGUACCAAAUGUAGAGCCUCGCAUGUGUCCUGGAGUCAUACUGUCCUGCAACAGCUAGAUCUGGGCCAUCGCUCUGAGUUUCAGGUCAUCCUCACACGGAAGUAUGCCUGUGAUAUGCGGGUCAUCCGGCUCCUGCGUGAGCGUGGCUUAGGCAACAGCCCCACGCGGGUGAUCAAGCAGCUGCGUGAAAACCACAGCGAGCAGUGGCUCCAUCGUCUGGCCCGGUACACCACCCAAUGUGUUGACUUCCUCAAUCAACCCGGGGUGAUGCCGGUAAAAUUCCAGGAGCCCCCAGAGCCUACAGUGGUGCCAAGCUGCAAGUGGCUGCUCACCGUCUACAGCCAAGACAUCCUGACAAGGCUGGAUGAAAUACAUGCAAGGAUAACAUCCACCUAUGGCUCUGUCUUGAAGAUGGAUUCCACUAAAAAGAUCACCAAGAAGCUGGCUGGGACAGCGAGGGGAACGGGACUCUGGCUUACCUCUGUUGGCAACGAGUUUGGUCAGGUGCUCAUAAGUGUGCUGACAGCCCAGGAAGGAGCAGGACUGGACAUGAUGGUAGACGGUCUGGUGAAAAGAUACCAGCAGGCUGGUGUGGAUCCACCUGCUGUGUUGUACGUGGACUGUGGGUGCUGCACCGAGCUGGGCGAGACCAAGCUGAAAACCAGAUUCAGAGGCUGGCCAGAUCUCGUGAUACGCUUGGACAUCUGGCAUUUUAUGCGCAGGAUUGCCUUGGGGUGUACAACUGAUGCCCAUCAGCUGUACCCCAUCUUCAUGUCACGGCUAUCAGCAUGCAUCUUUGAAUGGGAUGCGGCUGAUGUCUCUAUGCCAUAA